GAAGGCACAGCUAGAGCGCAGUGCCGAGUUCCACUCCUCCAGGACUCUGUGGACAGGUGUGGCCGUGCUGUCUGUGGCAGGGCGGGGCCUUGGCCUGGCUCACCUGGUGGGUGUACUCCUGGGACGUCAUGAGCCCGUCACUACUUCCCACCUACUGCACCAGCAUCGGAGUCUUCGCCUACUAUGUCCUCACCAAGCAGGAUUAUGUCUAUCCAGACGCCAAAGACAGGCAGUUCCUGUAUUACUUCCACAAGGGAGCCAAGAAGGAGCGCUUCAAUGUGCAGAAGUACAAUGAUCUGAGAGAGGAGUUGGCUUCGGUGGAAGAAGAUUUGAGACGUCUAAGGAAUCCAACCCAACUUCAGCUCCCUGUAGAACAGAUCCAGAGCCAGCCAUGAAGAGCAACACCACACACACACACACACACACACACACACCACGUCAAACUGAAAGACUACUGAGCAGCAGCAUUUCUUCCCAUUUAUUUUGAUAACGAUUACUUUUUCUUACUAACCCCACAGAUCAUUUUAGAGUUUUGGUUUACACCGUUUACAAUGUUGGAAGUCAUUUGUGGUAAUAGAAGUAUAGUAAUAAAUGUCAUAUGAGAAACCA